AUGUGGGGGGACAGUAUGCGCGAGCCUGGUAUGACCAUGGACAAUGAAUUGAAGGCAGUGAAGCCGCUGAUGGAAGAGGAUGGUGUGGACGGUGCGAGGAGAAUAAAUAAGGGUAUGGGCUUCCAGAAGUCUUCUACCGAGCACCUAUUGAUUUCGCCUGGCAGAGACGGCUCAGUACCGUUGAAUGGGUUGAAGUCAUCGCCUGCAGAUCCGCACUUGUCAGAUGUGAACUCUAUUCUGGAAAACUCCCGUAUUGGUGAUGGGACGGCGUUGACGUCUGUCAAUAAUCUCAUCAUGGCCACGUCGGCGAAUGGUGAUGGUGAUGGUGAUGGUGAUGGUGCUGAUGGCGAUAGUAAGAGACCGCCUAUCUCGAAUUCUUCGUCCCGGUCGUCAUUUUUUGACACAGUUUUAAGCACAUUUUCCUUGAAAUCAGCUUCACAGGAUACAGUUACCAAUGAAGCCAGAGAUACAGAGGUUCGGUUCGCCUCCAAGGAGGCUAAUGAGAAGUUCCAUCAAAUUUUCAAAUCGAUACCUUCUAAGGCAAAGCUUGUCGGGGACUAUUUCUGCUACUUCCACAGAGAAUUCCCCUACCAAGGCAGGAUUUUCCUUUCGGACACACAUAUAUGUUUCAAUUCUACUGUACUAAAUUGGAUGGCAAAGGUGCAAAUUCCAUUGAAUGAAAUCAAGUACUUGGACAAGGUGGCCACGAAUUCAGGUGCCAUUUCUAUAGAGACGUUAACAAACAAAUAUACAUUUUCCGGAUUCAUGUCAAGAGAUAAGGUUUUCGAAUUGAUUACACGCAUUUGGUCGAAGGAGAAUUUGACCAAGAUCAAUGAUGUUAUGGAGGUGGAUGAAAGGAUCUCCAAGACAAAGGGCAUGUCGCCGGCGCCCUCCUCCAUAUUCAACAGUGUUUCUACAAAUGCAUAUAACGAUUUCAUAUCGACAACGACUACAGAACCCACAAGCAGAGCUUCGUACAUGAGUGAGAACGACAUGCUCAUUGAAGAAGCAAUCAGGUCUGUGGACGAUUAUACGGGGACGCCAAAAGCAUCUUCAUCUUCACCAUCAUUGUCGUCAUCGUCGUCGCCACCAUCAACAUUUGGUUCUUCAACAACAUAUUAUCGCAGGCCCGUGUAUAGAUUGAAGCAAAAUGCCCCAUUCCAGUAUGACGGGCCCUUUCAUGUGGAUGAAACAAUGGACUUCCCGUAUAAACCCGAGGUAAACAACGAAUAUGUGCUAGUAGAACGCCAAUUCAAUGUUCCACCAGGCCUGCUUUUCAUAAUGAUGUUCAAUGAGGACAAUCCAAUUUUUGAAUUGAACUUCCUAAAAGAUCAAGACUCAUCGAAUAUUUCGCAUAUUGGGACAUUUGAAAAAGUCAACAAGGACGGACAGCAUUACAGAAAUUUCCAAUAUACCAAACAAUUGCAUUUUCCCGUGGGGCCCAAAUCCACUAACUGCCAAGUGACGGAGAUUCUUUUACAUUGCGACUGGGAAAGGUAUAUAAACGUUUUAAGUAUAACAAGAACACCGAACGUCCCGAGUGGUACAAGCUUCAGCACCAGGACGAGGUACAUGUUUCGCUGGGAUGAUCAGGGGCAAGGUUGUAUAUUGAAGGUAAGCUUCUGGGUGGACUGGAACGCGUCCAGUUGGAUUAAACCGAUGGUAGAGAGCAACUGUAAAAACGGGCAAAUCAGUGCCACCAAAGAUCUUGUAGAGUUGGUCGACCAGUUCGUAGGAGAGUAUGUGGAACUAAGCAAGGAAAGAACGGAUGCACUCAAUGCGUUACCAAGUGUUGCGUCAUUUGGGUCACCAAGGAAAAUUGCGCCCGAGUUGGUACUGGCACUGCCCGAGACGAAUACUGACGCUGCGGGGGAAACCCCAGAAGUGAGCAACGAUAGAUGGAGGUUCAAUUGGGUGAACAUAGUGAUACUAGUGCUGUUGACGCUGAAUCUGCUGUACUUGAUGAAACUGAACAAGAAAAUGAACAAAAUGACAAAAUUGAUGACGCAUAAGAACGACGUUACCGUGCACCGGAAUUUAUUAGAUAUACCUGCCGAGGUGCAAUGGUCGAAACGAAGAGACCGCAGUAGAUUGUAA